AAUUGAAAUAUAAAUUGCAACAAAAGACGGGAAACAGAAUUAUUCGAAAGUUAUUUUCUAGUGUUAUUAUAACUUGUUUUGUGUUUCUUUCAUAAUCAAUUAAUAGUAAUAUUUGAAUAGAAUUACUUACUAUAAGAAUUGUUUAAAUUUAGAAUAACAUUAAUUUUGUAUCUCAAUUUAUUUGAUGACAUUUUGUUACUGUCCUCAGCCGUAAAAGCAUUAAGCAGUGCAAAUGGAUGAUACAGUAACUUCUCCAGGUAAUAAAAUGGGUGACUCGGCAUCAGAGAGUGACUCGAGUUCGCUCGAUGGCGGAGCUAUGUUGCCUCCAAGCACCGUUUCUCGGGAUCAGUUGCAGAAGAGAAUUGAAUCAUUGCAACAACAAAAUCGAGUUUUAAAAGUUGAACUUGACACCUAUAAAUUGAGGGUGAAGGCUUUGCAGGAAGAAAAUCGUGCACUGCGACAGGCAUCUGUGUCAAUUCAAGCAAAGGCUGAACAAGAAGAGGAAUAUAUUUCUAACACUCUGCUCAAGAAGAUACAGGCCUUAAAGAAAGAAAAGGAAACUUUGGCUCAUCACUAUGAAAGGGAGGAAGAGUGUCUCACAAAUGAUCUAUCUCGUAAAUUGAACCAAUUGAGACAAGAAAAGUGUCGCCUUGAGCAGACAUUAGAGCAGGAACAAGAAUGUUUGGUUAAUAAAUUAAUGAGAAAAAUAGAAAAAUUGGAAGCGGAGACAUUUGCUAAGCAGACUAACUUAGAAAGACUCCGCAGGGAGAAGGUAGAAUUAGAAAAUACCUUAGAACAGGAACAAGAGGCGCUAGUAAAUAGGCUUUGGAAACGAAUGGAUAAGUUGGAAGCUGAGAAACGUUCGCUACAAAUAAGAUUAGAUCAGCCAGUUUCAGAUCCAGCCAGUCCUAGGGACAUCAGUAAUGGAGAUACAGCAUCUAAUUUAAGUAGUCAUAUUCAAACUCUGAGAUCAGAAGUUGUCAAAUUGAGGAACCAACUGGCCUUUUCCCAGAAUGAAAGUAAAGAAAAAAUGCAACGUUUUGCACUAGAGGAGAAACAUAUCCGAGAAGAGAAUGUACGAUUACAUAGGAAAUUACAACAAGAGGUCGAACGUCGCGAAGCUUUGUGCCGACAUCUUUCUGAAAGUGAAUCUUCUUUGGAGAUGGAAGAGGAACGCCAGUUUAAUGAGGCUCUAAAUGCGCGGUCUAGGAGCGUGUCGUCUCCGGGCGGGUCGCGCCCACUGUCUCCAUACGCUCUGCACAACCCAGCUAGACCGGCGCUGCACUUUAAUUCACAGCAAGCACGUCGUGCUAGCGAGCGUUUCGUGAAGCCAGCUGUCCCCGGUGCGGGUGUGUCGUUGCCGCCCCGAGUUCCUCUAGAGUCGGCCUCCGCCCCCGCCCCUCCGGCGCCCCCCUCGCCCUCGAUGCAACCAGCGAGCCCCAUGGACACAUCCAGCAGAGAAUGAAACAUAAAUCGAUUAAUAUAACCAUUACCUGCAAUUGAAGCUAACUUGCAAUAGUACUGCAUAUAUUAUGUGUAUGAGUUUCGAAUUCAUGAAUAUCAUCCUAUGUUAAUUCUUUGCGGCUAUUACCGAUUUAUAUUUAAAAAAUGUCGGUUAAACAUCAAUCAAUCGGAUAGAUGAUAAAAUUUGAAUUCUAAAACUCAUUAAAAUCUUUAAUUUAUUGACGGCAUUUAAUAUUGCUCGUGUUCGCCGCGUCUCUCUUGUAGUAUGACACAUAACUAUGUUAAAGAUCGCUGUAUUUUAGAAAUAUAUAGCCUUCCACUAUUAGACGGUAGAUGAUGCAUUAAUAUGAGCUAAUAUCCGGUAUUAUUUGGUAAUGUUAAAAUUUCGCCCCUUAAACCAUCAUGUGUGAGCCUCGAUACUUUAAAAAUCUGUCUUCAUUUGUACAUUAAAAAACUAGCAGAGCCACCAAUAUGCUACAAUCGUUUUGUAUAACGAAUAAUUGCAUUUCAUCAGAACGUGCUUAAUUUGAAAUAUAUCUGUAGUAGAAUAAAAAAUAUAUAUAUUGUUAUAUCAAUGUAAAAUCUGUUAUGUGUAAAACAUCGUUUUAUUUUUGUAAAACGUUGCAUUUUAUAUGGUUUCCCAUGCUCUUAUAUUUCUAUUUUCAUAUUAUUUUUAAGUUUUUUUUUCUAUAUUUAUCUUUUCGCCUGUUAAAGUGGUACUAAUGCUUAGGGAUUGUUUUUUCUUGUUUUCUGGGUCUAGAAUGUUUUUGUUACUAAACGCUGGACGUGAAAUGUAUUCAUAUAAUUUUUUCAUUGUGGUCAGAAUUCAAUUUCUGAGAUUAUUUCAAAGUAUUUUAAAUAUCGUCUGUUUUAUUUAUUGUCAAUAACAUUGUGAAUUAUCUGCUCGUAUGGUUAAUCUGAAAAACUAUUCAUAUAUCUUCGAAUAUUCUGUAACUCUUAGCGUGUUAAUCCAUAAUAAACAGCUUGAGACUAUCUUAAUAAUAAAUGUGUAUUAAAGGGGCUUGUUAAUUUCUUUUAAUAUAUAAUGUCUGAAAGAUAAUAUAAUGUAAAACUUAAAACUGUUUAUCUUAGUAACAUUAGUACAGUGUGUCACACUCUGUUAAUGGAAGAGUGAAAAAUAUAGGUCUCAAAUUAUAGUCUCGUUAACACUAAGUGGUAUACUGUACAGUUGUGAGUAAAACCAACUUAUGACUGAUAUAUAUUGAUAUAAUUAAUUUAACCAUCGUUUAUGUAGGGUGAUGUAAACGGACUUGGCUCACGGUGUCACAGAAGUGUCAUGUAAGGGUGGGCGUUUCUAAUUAUAAUUGUACGAAGCUCUAUUAAAUGCGAUAUAUUCAGAUAAAGACUGGACAUCGCAUGGUGAUUUAUUGAUUUAAUUAUUAAUAUAAAAUAAAAAAGUUAUUGUUACUAUGUAAGUCCUCGCUAUUGGCAGGUGUUGCCAGUAUACAACGGCUUAAAAUAAAAAUAUUUUUAAUCAAGCAGCCUGAAGGCAUACUUUUAUUAUAUAACACAUGCUCUUGCGUCCUUAUUAUAGUCGGCAUUCAUUCACUGCCUUAAUAUGAAAAAAAUCUCAUACAAUAUUAACUAAACUGUGUACUCAACAUAUGGCUAUUGUUACCGGGUUUGCUUGAAGAAGUAUGGCAGUGGGUGUAUGUUGAGAACUAUAUGCCCAUAUGUGAAUAGGAGUUGUAUAUGAUUGAAUAAUGUAAUCUAUUUGAUAUUUUACGCCCGAGCUAUUGACUAUUCCCAAAUGUAUGUUUGUUUGGUUGUUUCUGUUAAGGUAUUGUUGUAUUCGGUGAAAGCGUUUGGGAGUGGCUCAAUGGACUCUGUGAUUCAAUUCAAUUACCUACGCAAAUUUUCACUCGAACAGUUUAUUUUUUUCGAUGUUAAUAAAAGAAAGUAUAUUCAUUAAUAUUAA